GAGGGGCGGCCGGAUGUGAGUGGAGCGGCCAUUUCCUGUUUCUCCGCAGUUCUCCUCAGCCCUGGGUGGUGGCCGCCGCUGGGCUCCGGCUUCGCGUCGGCCGAGGCAGGGCGAGGCGUCGUGGACAGCGGCCCCGGCUCCCCGCGCCCCGUCCCAGACCCCGGCCCCGGCCCCGUCCCCGGCCCCGCGCCCGGCUGCCGGCGCGACCCCGAGCGGCCCGAUGCAGGCCAUCAAGUGUGUGGUGGUGGGCGACGGAGCGGUAGGUAAGACAUGCCUGCUGAUCAGCUACACGACCAAUGCGUUCCCCGGAGAGUACAUCCCCACCGUCUUUGACAACUACUCUGCCAAUGUGAUGGUAGAUGGAAAACCAGUGAACCUGGGCCUGUGGGACACGGCUGGCCAAGAAGACUACGACAGGUUGCGCCCCCUGUCCUACCCGCAAACAGUUGGGGUCGCGCACGGUAAGGAUAAGCCUUCCGGGGGCAGAGACGAGCCACUAGCCGACGUUUUCUUGAUCUGCUUCUCUCUUGUGAGUCCCGCAUCGUUUGAAAAUGUCCGGGCAAAGUGGUAUCCUGAGGUGCGACACCAUUGUCCCAACACUCCCAUCAUCCUAGUGGGCACUAAGCUCGAUCUGAGGGAUGAUAAAGACACGAUCGAGAAGCUGAAGGAGAAGAAGCUGACGCCCAUCACCUACCCGCAGGGCCUGGCCAUGGCCAAGGAGAUCGGUGCCGUAAAAUACCUGGAGUGCUCUGCGCUCACGCAGCGGGGCCUCAAGACCGUGUUUGACGAAGCGAUCCGAGCGGUGCUCUGCCCCCCGCCUGUCAAGAAGAGGAAGAGGAAGUGCCUGCUGCUGUGAGCCACUCCUGUGCGGCCUGGGCCUGGGCUACUCCACCCGCUCAACGGAGCCUGGAGCCCUUGCACUCAAUGCCAAGUUUUUGUUACAGAUUAGUUUUUCCAUGAAGCCAUUUUUGAACCAAUCAGUAAUUUUCAGGUUUUGUUUAAAGUGUAAGAGUCUAAACUUUCACAUUCUAUUAAAAUUUAGCCCUAAACGACACGCUUUCUUAAAGCCUUAUUUUUCAAAAGCCCCAUUCCUGCUCGCAUUUCAGAGUUGCCAAAUGACCUUGUAAACUAAAUCGCAUUGUCGUGCUAAUAACACUAAGCACUGAACUGUCAAAAGACCUUUUUCUUAAGCUUCUGCAGCUAGAAACUGCAGGCACCUAACUGGAUGUAAGAGCAGAACUCUGUUCUCCCCAGAUGUUGCCACUGUUCUCCCCAGAUGUUGACGCACGGCCACCGCGGGCGGAGCAGAGCAGCUCUGCUCUCUGGAGUUUUUAUUUUUGGUUUCAUAGUGAGAAUUUUUUUUCCUUUUUAAAUCGAGUGUAGUUGCUUUUGCGGAGAAUUUGGACAGAACUCUUCCCCGAGCAGCCCUCCCUCCUGCCUUCUGCUACCGCGGGGUGUGGUCGGGAUGAAGACAGUAUUCUCAGCAUCUGGAGAGAUUAACUCGCACUGCAUCGCACAUCCAACGGUUAACCGAAUACAGACGUCCCUCCCGGUGACAGUGAUGCUGCGCAAGGGCCGACCGGGGUCAGGUCAGCAGCGUCCUCUUCCCUUUUCCUUACCUUGCCGCUCCACCCACCCAAGUUGGACGCUUCUAACUGGUCACCCAGCUGGUCGGCCACGUAGUUCUAACCCAGUUAGUGCUCUUCUAUGUGACGGGCCCUUCCUAACGAGCAGUGUGUCCUGUGCUGCGAGAGCUCGGGUGAUGCCCCAGGCUGCCUUUCCACGGGGAGAAGCGCACCCGACCUCAUAGCUCAGGGCGCUCUAGCUACCCAGUGUAAUACUAGGUGUAAAAAUCACGUGUUGCAGCUUUACAGUUUUUAAAGUAUUUUAGCUAUUCUGAAUCAAUGAGCCUUCUAACCUCGCUGUCUUGCCAGAUGACGCUGUCCCUGACUAAUACUGCUCUUCGCCUCCACCUCCGGGCGGCUUUUCCGGUGCCCGCGGCCAGUGCCGGUGGACCUUUUCUAAUUGACAGAUGCAAAUUGUGGAGUGUUUUUACAUUGAUCUUUUGCUAAUGCUGUUAGCAGUCUGUUUUGCAUGUAUGACUUAAUAAACCCUUGAAUCACGUGA